GAGGGUGCUUCCAACUGCGUCUUUCUGUCUUUGAAGCGACUCUGAAUCUCUCCAACCGCCAUCUUCGACAUCACGACACAUCUCACCGCACCCUAAGAUGCUUUUACCCGUCAUCAAGUCUCUGCGUGACUGUGGGGAGUACGCCCUCACCGUCGAGCCCUUCAUCCCCCAGCUCUACGCGCUUCCGUCGCGUCUACUGCACGCGGGCAGCCUUGAUGACCUCAAGCACGUCUACGUCGAGACGAACCCGCUCAUCACGGGCUUUGCGGUCUCGCUGGUCCUCGGCUUCGUGUUUCUCGUCGUCUCAGAGGCGAACAGGAACUACUCUCAGGUCGACCGCAUGUGGAGCAUCCUGCCGAACCUUUACAUCGUCCACCUCGCGACCUGGGCGCGCUUGGCUGGGCUGCCUCAUAGCCGUAUUGACCUCGUCGCCACCUUUUCUACGCUGUGGAGUAUCCGUUUGACGUACAACUACUGGCGCAGAGGGGGCUACAACGUCGGCUCAGAGGAUUACAGAUGGGAGAUCGUCAAGAGCAAGGUCCCGGCUUUCGUCUUCUUCCUCUUAAACGUGACGUUCAUCUCGUUUAUCCAGAGCGUGCUCCUGGUCGCCUUUUCUUGCGUGCCUGCCUACGCCAUCCUGCUCUCGACGCGGAUUGAGCCCAAUAUCACGGCAGCUGAUCUUGCGUACUUUUCCGUCGAAGUCGCCCUGGUCAUCAGCGAGUGGUUCAGCGACGGCCAACAGUGGGCCUACCAGACGGCCAAGCACCAGUACCAAAAGGACGCCAAGGUCCCCAGAGGCUGGAAUCAGGCCGAUCUCGACCGGGGAUUUGUGACUUCGGGCCUGUGGGCCUACAGCAGGCACCCCAACUUCUUCGCCGAGCAGACCAUCUGGUUCGUUCUGUAUCAGUGGAGCUGCUUCGCCACCAAGUCGCUGUAUAGCUACACCUUUGCCGGGUCUGCGGCCCUGAUCCUCCUCUUCCAGGGCUCGACCUGGCUCACCGAGCUCAUCACGGCUGGCAAGUACCCCGAGUAUCCCGAGUACCAGAGGCAGGUGGGCAUGUUCAUUCCGACUUCACUGUGGGGAUACCAGUCGCCGCCUGCGAACACGCCAAAGGUCAUCAGGACGAGCGACUUGGCCAAGCGACAGCAGCAAAAAGAGAAGAAGAAGCAGAAGUAAGCUUAGGGGGCUGGCUGCCAGGCGUGGAGCGCCUGCUUAUGUCUUUGGAGCAUCAUGAAUUUCAAUUCUCGGGCGAGGCGAUGUGGCGGACGAAAUUAGGAUCUAUCGUGAGCGGCUAUCGUAAAUCGCGCCGCGACAGGUCUAAUGUGUAGUUCUGCUCUAUCAUGUUUCAUGCUGCAUGCCUCAGAUCGCUCAACUGGUCAACGUAGAAGGAGGGAACGGCGAUGGCGUCGGCCUUUUCCCAGUCCUCCUUCUUAUCAACACCCGUCUCGAC